AUGGUUUCGUUGGUUGUAGUGGCUGCAUUUCUUCUCUGGGGGGCAGUCUUCCAACUACCCCAGGCUGGUGGAUUUAAAAUUACUCACUCUGAUGCCUCCCUCAAUCAUCAAGAAAUCACUGAGGCAGCCAUUGUCCUCAAGACGGCGGAAGUGUGUCGUGACAUAGCCAAAGCCCAGGGCAAAGACUUUACACUACCUGUCAACAACAAAAUAACUGCAGCUAUUGUUCAAAAAGCCUGCUUGAGUUCAAAUCCUGUUCUAUCAAAUUCAAACAAUUUUAAAUCGGCAAUUGUUACAGUUUACCUGAACAAUAUAGCUGUGGACAGAAAAAUAUUGAGUGACCCACCUCAUUUUGAUAGUGAGAAAUUCAGCGAAGGACGGGACAUCAUCACUAAGGGCGUAGCCAAAGUGAAAGUCAAUCUGAAAGAGGGAAACUACUUGUCUGCAAGAAAGAACCUGGGAGCUGUGACACAUACUUUACAGGAUUUCUACAGUCACAGUAACUGGGUAGAACUGGGAUACACUUUUUCUUUUAGUGCACUGAUCAAACCAGACCUUCCCCUCAACAACACAGCAGACCCCAAAACAGCGACAUGCAAAAGCUGUGUUGAUGACAACUGCAGUGAUAACAUUCUACCUGAGAUCCUGCAGCAGAAGAUAAUAACUACUGGAUAUAGUAGCCUUUUAUCACCUGACAAACCUGCAGGCAAAUGUAGCCAUGGUGGCUUCUUUGAUCAAACUAGCAGAAAAAAUCCCACUGGAGGCAUCAAUAAGGAUGACCUCAAAUCAGAACAUGGCUUCCUUCACCUAGAAGCUGCAAACAUGGCAAUCAAUGCUACCAUGGAGCUACUGGAAGACAUUAGACAGGCUGCGGGAGAAACAGCCUUUCUUCGGUUAAUAGGCCUCAGUCGUACCAUUGUGCUGGUUUUUGUGAUUGACAUCACAGGCAGUAUGUCUAAUAUCAUCACUGAAAUUAAGAAAGUGUCCAUCAAUAUGAUAGACAGCAGGAAAGGAACACCAGAAGAACCUACAGAUUACAUGCUAAUAACAUUUGAUGACACAGGUGUCGAAUUGACAAGGACUGGGGAUAUUGAUGAGUUCAAAGAGCGAAUCAAUGCUCUUUUAGUAUCUGGUGGAGGAGACUUCCCAGAGAUGUGCUUAUCAGGGCUUCUGAUGGCAUUAACAAGAGCUCCACCAUCAUCAGACAUUUUUGUAUUCACGGAUGCUUCAGCAAAGGACCCUGAAUUAAAAAACUCUGUUGGAGCCAUGAUAGAAAGCACUGAAUCCACAGUCACUUUCUUGUUGACCAGCUUCAUCUCACCAGAAGUCUCAGACUCCCAGAGCUCCUCAUCGAGGCCGAUGACUCAAUCAGAACUACAGUUGUACAGAGACCUGGCCCAUGUCUCUGGUGGACAAACCUUAGAGGUCACAAAAACCACGCUUUCUGAAGCCUCUACAGCCAUUACAGAUUUAUUUGCAUCUGGCCAGGUCACAGUUCUUCAGGUGUCAAGAAGUGCAGGAAAUGCAGGAAAUUUUUCUUUUCCGUUGGAUUCAUCUCUGUCCAAUGUGAUUGUGUACAUCACUGGGGAUUCACUGGAUGUUACCAUCUACAGCCCUUCAGGUGGGUCUCAGUCAGGUUCAGUAAUAAAUGGCGGGCUUGGUAGCAUUCAGACUGUGGGAAAUCUAAUGAAAAUAAAACUCAACUCCGACUACCAGAAAGGGGAAUGGGGCAUCAGUGUUAACUCCACAAGCUCAUACACCAUGAAAGUCAAUGGUCAGAGUUCAGUGGAAGUCCUCUUUUACUUUGUGAACAUAAUUUUGGGAGGUCAUGGAGAAGCUUGGGGACAGAUCUUCACUCGCCCUUCUAUUGGUCAGAAUGCCACCCUGUUUCUCUCAUUGUCUGGAGGUGAAUCGGCCACAGUGACUGAUGUACUUCUAGUUGAUGCUUCAGGAUCCAGUGUUGGUAAUGGAAACGUUACAUCAGUGGGUGAUACAGACUACCUGGUCAGCCUAAACAGAAUCCCAGAGGGUGAAUUUGCGCUCCAACUUAAAGGGCUGUUGAAUAACUCAUCAUCAUCUAGUCGAUUUCAAAGGCAAUCAUCCAUUCAUCAUAAAGGAUCAAGAAUAACAGUCGCGGUUGAAACACAGACCACUACAAUUCCUGGAGUUUCUUUCAGUUUCAACUUUACAGUGGCCACUAAUACUACAGCAGGUAACUACACUAUCAGAGCCAGGACGAGCAACGGCUUCACUGUGACCGUCCCCAGUUCCCUAAAUGUGUCAACAGGAGGAAGUGUUCAGGGGACAGGAACGCUGACAGUACCCUCCAACACAGAGUAUGGGACUGAUGUUACACUCAUUGUUGAGGCAGAAGCUCCAGGGUCCACUGAUCUAAAUUAUGCCACAGUUCGAAUCACUGCCUCAGCUACAAGCAUAAAGUUCAGUGGCUUCAGUUUCUGUCUCUCUUUGGCUUAUUUGUUUUCUCUUUUGCUGUAAUGGAGAGUAACGGGAGACAUAUACAAAUAGCUAGACACUAUUGUAUGUUUAUUUACAACUCUUCAAUUAUUAAAAAUAAGCCUUUAUUUUCAUUUUAGAAA